UGAGAUAAUUUCAACGCGGUUUCCCAUUCUCAGCAGCAACAGGAAAGAAAAAGUUUGGCAAUUUCGAUCGCUUCUCUUCUUCACAACAUUACAAAAUCUAGAUUCUCAAGCCAAAUGAUGAACAACAAAUCAUUGUCUACCUAUCGAAAUCCCCAAAAGUGUCAAACAGAUCAAAACCUUCUCCUUGUUUGCUUCCAUUUGCCCUAAUGUCGGACAAUCGCAAAAUCAAAGAUGUCGUUGCUGAAAUCCAAUCCGCCCGUCAGAUUACAAGAAUCUUGGAGAAUUCAUUCUAUCUCAAAUAUUUUGAGAAUUCUAUCCGUAAACCCGUAAAAGAGGGAAUUGAGCAGCAGCUGCAAAAUUAUCAGAAUCCUGCAAACUGGAUACCUUUGGUGGGGAGCCUCAUUCAAACACCAAGAGAUUUAGAAUUACGAUUUUUGCAAGAAGUUCCUCAAACCAUAUGGACAGGAGAACAGAUUCAAGGACAAGGGCAUUGCUCCAUCGAAGUUGCUUUAUAUGAUGUUGCAACUGACACACGUAUAACAUCUGGCCCAGAAGCCUCGGCAAAAUUGGAAAUAGUGAUUAUUGAUGGUUGCUUUGAUGUGCAUGAUUGGACGAAUGAAGCUUUCAACCAAAAUGUUAUUAGAAAUAAGGAAGGAAAAAAUCUACUCAAAGGGGAUGUGUCUGUAAGACUCAGAAAUGGCAAAGCGUCCAUAGAUAGCCUCCAUAUUGUGCACCGCCAUGACUAUAUGAAGGUGAAAAAGAUGAGACUAGGAGCAAAAUGUGUUGAUACUUGGGAGGGUAUCAGAGUUAAGGAAGCUAAGACUGAACCAUUCAUAGUGAAAGACAAACGAUUAAUCAAAAAGUAUGAAGAGCCACGCCUAACAGAUAAAGUAUCAUGGCUGAAGAAUAUUGGAAGAGCUGCUAAGAAAUCUUUAGCGGCAAAAAACAUAAUUACAGUGAAAGAUUUUCUAACUCAGUACAACUUGAAUCCUGAAAUGCUCAAAGAGACCCUUCACUGGAACGAUACUAAGUUGAUAGAUACUGUUACGCAUGCUCGCAAGUGUAAAGUCGAAAGAAGGUUUGUGUACCAUCAUUCCGACUCUGAUCGUUCUGCUGACAUAGUGUUUUCUGAGGUUUAUGAUGUUGUGGGGAUGGCUCAUGGAGGCAAUUACCUUGCUCAUAGUCAGCUAUCAGAAACAAAGAAGGAGGAAGCUAAAAAAUUAGCAAAGAUGGUAUUUGAGGACAAGAUGGAACUACCUCUUUGGACUGAACCUUCCCUGUUUCCAAUGGAGCUGGAAGGUCCAAGUCAGAAAAAUGCAGAUUCUUUCCCAAACGCUGAAGAGAUCAAUUGUUAUAAGCCUGAAGGACUUCCAGUCAUGGAUAAUAAUUGCAUGGAGUUGGAUGAUUUGACUGGAGGAGAAUAUGAUCAUAUUUUGUGGUUUGAUGGUAUGAGUGGAGAUACUACUGUAGACAAGGGCAAGGGAAAGGGCAAGAAAGGAAGUGAUGGAAGCCUCUUUGAGGAGUUGAAUGCGGUUUUUGAGGAUGAAGAUUUCUCGUAUAAGAAAGCAGUCAUGCUGAAGAAAAGCAAGUGAAUCUGGGACACAACAUCUACUUAUUUAUGUUUGUUACAUGCCCUGUUUAUAUAUUAAGCACUCUUUGUUGUUUGUAUUUCUGGAUUGUUUUUAUGGCAAGAAACUACUAUUUUGGAAUCUAUAUAAUUGCAUUUGGUUU